AUGAAGCUUGUUGAAGAAUUAACUGUUAGUGGUAUUGACCCUCGUGGUAUACUCACAUCACUAAAAGCAAAAUUUCCGAAUAAUCAUUCGACUAUGAGAACAAUAUACAAUGCAAGGGAAAGACUGAACCUUAUCGCGUGUCAAGGUAGAAACAUAAUGCAACAAUUUAUGGUUUUAUCCGAAGAUCGACAUUACACAGUGGAGUAUAACUACGACGAGAAGACAAAUGAGGUAACCGAUCUUUUCUUUGCUCAUCAUAAGUUUGUGAAACUUGCCCAAUCUUUCCACGAAUUUCUUAUACCGGAUUGCACCUUCAAGACCAAUAGGUACAAGUUACCCAUUUUUCAAAUGGUUUCCCAUACAUCAACUGGAGCUACAUUCACAGUUGCAGUUGCCUUUUUGAGUAGAGAACAAGAGGAAAAUUAUGUAUUGAUAUGGGACGUUUUUGGGGUUGGGAUAACUGUUUCCAAGAUUUGCCGAUAUCUUGGAUAUCUAUUACUUUUGGUAUCUUAUUGUUAG